AUGUCUUCUACAAAAAAGGCGACACCUUCUGGAAUCAUUACUACUGAAACCAACGAACGCGUUAUUCCUGCUAGCCUGCGCGCAGAUGGUACUCUUCGUAAAGAACGUCGUGUCCGCCCGGGAUUCGUUCCUCAGGAAGAUAUAAAGCGUUAUAAAAAUAAAUUUGUAGCAGAACAAAAUGAUCAAGAAAUUGAUCGAUUACAAAGUAAAAUGUCAAAUAUAACGAUUUCAUCUGAGGAGAGCCGAGACAGUUUAGACUCAACGGUGAUAACCAUAGAACAAUUGGAAGCUACCGCGAAAAAAAUAAAGGCACUUGAAAAGAAGUUAAGACAAAUUGAACGAAUUAAAGAGAAAGAGGCACGUGGAGAAACAUUACUUGAUGAAGAAAAGGAGAAAAUGAGCAAAUUACCGCAAGUUAUUGAAGAAUUAAAUACACUGAAAGGAAAUUAUUCUGAAUGA